GUUCAUUUUAAACCAGGUAUGGCUCUUCUGGCAUACAAUUCGCGACAAAUUGCACACCGUGGCAUAUCGUUACCGAAUGUGUGGCUGCUUAAUUUAUUGACGAAUCGCAAAAGUACCAGUGUCGACGCAAUAGAUUCCUACAUCAAUGAAUUGAUUGAUAAUAAAACUUUAAAAUGGAAAGUUCUUAAUAAUAAUAACGUUACGAGUGUACCCAAACUAGCCAGCAUAACAGCAAAACCAGAACUAGCUAACACAACAUCUUCAUUUAAACUGACUCAAAUUUUCGACGAUUUAACAUCGAAUCCGAUUGUGAUCAACAUAGGUCAACUGGAACAACAGCACGUCGACAAUCUGGUAGAAACUGCUCUUAGGGAGGGUAAUCAAAAGGACGUUUAUUUAUUGUUCGAACAAAUGGAUCAAUAUCAGAAGCUUCCUUCAAGAAAUGUGCUCGAUAUGCUGCUGGAAAGCUUUGCCAAAAACGUAGAUCGAUUGCGAUUAGUUCGCCUGAUGGAAUUGUGCAGAAAAUCCGACGCAGAGUUUGUAUCUUCCAGUAGUAGCCUGUUACACUAUAAGGCAUUGCUGCAGUGGAAAAGUGGCAGCUCAUUAAAUGCACUGAAUAAUUUUAAGGACGCUCUUCGAGACUGCACUUGUGACUCGAGCAAGGACGUAAUAAACCGAAUGUUAAAGGAAAUCGUCGACGAGACAAUUGGAAAGAAGAGCGAGGCCGUGCUGCUGGCCGUCAUUGAGAUGGGCGAAUUUUGUAUGCUGCAGCUCAAAGAUGAUGGCAUUUUAUGUUAUUCCUGGGAGAAGAGUUUUCGUAGUCAGUGGUAUAGUGAUCAAGAGGCUGCUAAAAAGAUUUUUGAUAAGCAUAACGAUCUCCGGCAGGGUAUAGCAAGAAGGCUUAAUAAAAUAUGCUUUACUUACCUGCAAGAGUACUGCGUCGAGCAAGUCUAUCAGCUUAUGGAACUGUUCCUCAAGUACAACAUGCUGUUACAAUGUCGACUUAUUUUGAUACGGUUAUUUGAAUAUCAAUAUUGGCGACGCGAUUUGCGAGCUUGCUCGGAAAUAAUUCAAAAUUCUAUCAAUCUGGACAUACCGCUACCCGAAAUAUACAAUCGUAAAUUGUUAAAUUUAUUGCUGAGUGGAAACGGGCCUCGACAAAAUGUGCAUUCACCAGUAAUUAAGGGGGUGGUGCAAAAAGCUAAAAAUUAUGAGUAUAAAUUUUGAAAUAGUGUUUCAGCUGUUAUGUAAUUAUUAAGUAAGUAGGUAGUAUUGUAUAUAACCAAUAAUGUGCUUUACCUAUUAACGACUAAAGUAUAAUAAACAUCUGUUAUCACUUUGUAGAAAGAACGUCAAUAUUGAGCUCCUUUCGUAAUUCAUUGAUAUCUUGA